AUGGUUCCACCAAUUGCACACCACGUUGAUGGCAAGCAGGCCAUCAUUCUGGGUUCCCCUGCCGCAGGGUCUGAGGCGCCCGCCCUGGAGAAGGAAGAAAAGCCGGCGAAAGUAGAAAAGGACGAGGAAGAGAAGGCAGAAGAGCCAGAGGUGCCACAAGGCAGUAUAACAGAGGCUAAAUCUCUUUAUCAAAAGAAAGAUUCCGAUGGUAAAUUCCAAUGGGUCGUGGAGGAGCCACAAGAUGCUGUCGAAGCAGCUGAAACCAAGGAAACUGCUCGUUUCGCUUUCCUUGUCCGCAAGAAGAAAAGCUACGACAGUCGUAAGAAAUACGACAUUGACUCGAUCAUCGUUCAGAGUCCAUGGCUGAAGGCAUCACUGGGUAUAGUCUUGAAAGGCUAUCCCGGCAUCACAACCAAUCUCGAACGACUUGUCUUCAAAGCACCCUUUCACCCAUUCGUUCAUCGAUGGGCUACCUUUGCAUCCCUACUCGAAAAGGACGAUUUUGAAGACCCUGUUGCCAAAAAACACCUUCAAUUGUUCCACGAUGUCAUUUAUGAGGAGUUGAAGCUUGCAAUUGCGGCAAAAGUUGAUCUUGUGAAGAACGGAGUCAUCACCUUUGACUACCUCUGGACGAUCUUUGAGCCACAAACACUCGUUUACAGCGUGUCAGAUGGCAAAGAGUCUGUGUUCAAGCUUGAGUACACGCAGACGUGCACCGACUCCAGACGUGGCUUGCAGUUUCUUUCGCUCAGCGUGUGGUCAUGUGAUUGGGAUGGAACAAAAUUCGGGAAACAUCACAGUGACUUGCAAGAUUACGAGUUCCCAGGGACCACACCGAUCACCAGUCUAUCAGCGUAUCCUCUCGAGUUCCAUCCUCAGAAGGAGGCUCUUGUUGAACGGUUGAUUCAGAGAGGCAAGCUUUUCGAACGAUAUGCAGGCUACCAUUACAUGGCGUAUCGGGGUGUAUGUCUUGGCUAUGGCAGAUGUGGCAUGAUACGCCAUAACGUGGACACUCGUAUCAUUAUCGACUGUGAUGCCCAUAACAGAUUUAUGCCCAAUUAUGCGGUACACUACAACCCUCUUGGCAUGCCAAACAGCAGUACUCUCUUUGGCGAAGCCUCAGAUUUUGAAGACAGUGACGAGGAAGAAGAGGUUUCUGACUCGGAGGAUUACUUCGACGAUGCAGAGGAUAGCCUCUCAUCAAGUGCCAAGGAAGCUGGGAAGCCAAAGCAUCGUCCGUUGACACCAGAAGAGCUUCUUCUUUGUGUUCCAUACGUGCGAGGCUAUGCUAUCAAGACGAAGAAGUGGCUCUGGUUCUACGUUGAUCAAAUAUCUCCCAUCAAUUUCGCCGAUAAUGCAUUCUCGUCUCUGGUGCUACCCUCGGAGCAGAAAUCACUGAUUCGAGCCUUUGUGGAGUCUCAAGUCAAGUACAAAGAUGACUUUGACGAUGUCAUUGCUGGAAAGGGUCGUGGAAUGAUAAUGCUGCUUGCUGGUCCACCCGGUGUGGGUAAGACAUUGACGAGUGAAAGUGUUGCUGAGGAUAUGCGAGUUCCAUUAUAUAUGUUGUCUGCUGGUGAUUUGGGUCUGGACCCCACAGGUAUUGAGGAGUCAUUAAACCUGGUACUUGACAUGGUCAGCAAAUGGAACGCCGUAUUGCUACUCGACGAAGCCGAUGUCUUCCUCGAAGCGAGAAGCUCGCAUGAUCUUGAACGAAACAAAAUGGUAUCCAUUUUUCUGAGAGUACUGGAAUAUUACGAAGGCGUGCUUUUCCUUACAACGAACCGAAUCAAGAACAUCGAUGAGGCCUUUCACUCUCGAAUUCACGUAACCAUAAACUACCCAAAUUUGUCCGCUGAGUCUCGGAGGCACAUCUGGAAACAAUUCUUGGGUCCGGACACCGGAGUGACAGGAAAAGACCUCGACCGACUUGCCAAAGUAGACAUCAAUGGACGACAAAUCAAGAAUAUGCUCAAGACGGCACAAAUGCUCGCACGGAGUCAAGAGAAGAGCAAGGAUGGGCCGUGCGGAAAAGUGGAGAUGCAGCAUAUUGAGACCAUCCUAGCUAUCGAACGAGGAACAUCAUGGGAGUAG